AUGCCGCCCCAAAUCAAACAAGAUCUCAACCGGUCGGGAUGGGAGACGACCGACUUUCCUUCUAUCUGCGAAAACUGCCUGCCCGAGAACCCCAUGGUCAAGAUGCUAAAGGAAGACUACGGAGCCGAAUGCAAAUUAUGUACGCGACCAUUCACAGUAUUCAGCUGGAGUUCUGAGCGCGCUCAGGGCCGCAAGAGACGGACCAACGUUUGUCUGACGUGCGCUCGGCUCAAGAACUGCUGCCAGAGCUGCAUGCUGGAUCUCAGCUUCGGCCUGCCCAUCACCGUCCGUGACGCCGCGCUCAAGAUGAUCGCUCCGGGGCCCCGAUCCGAUGUCAACCGAGAAUACUUUGCGCAGAACAACGAACAGUUGAUCGAGGAAGGCAAGGCCGGAACGGAAGAGUACGAAAAGACGGACGAAAAGGCCCGCGAGCUUCUGCGUCGUCUCGCCGCCAGCAAGCCGUACUUUCGCAAGGGCAGAACCGUGGAUGAGUCAGAACUCGCCGGCGCAAGAGCUGGUGGGAACGCUGCAGUUGGAGCGGGCGUGGGAGGCCCUGGCCCGAUCCGAACUCGAGAUUCAAGGGCCGCAGCGGCCGCGGGCGCGAGACCUGGCGGCAAGGGGCGAGGCCGUCCAGCAUUUCCGAGCGCAGCACAGCUCCCACCGAGCCCAAAAGAUUGGCUGCCGCCGGAUGAUCCCAACAUCAUGUCCCUUUUCGUAACGGGCGUGGAGGACGAUUUGCCCGAGCACAAGAUCCGCGACUUCUUCAAGGCCCACGGCAAGAUCAAGAGCUUGGUCUGCUCUCACAUGUCCCACUGCGCGUUUGUCAACUACGAGACGAGAGACGCAGCCGAGAAGGCGGCGGCUGCUUGUCGGGGCAGGGCGGUUAUUGCUGGAUGCCCGCUGAGGAUCCGCUGGGGACAGCCAAAGGCGAUUGGCACCAUGGAUCGGGAACAACGCUACCAGAUGCUGCAAGAUGCUCGCAUCCGCCAGAACAAGCCGCAGCAGCGCGCCCUGGAAGGUGGCCAGCAACCAAGCGUGGCGAAUCGUGCGAUUGCUGCACCGCCACCUGGUGCAGAAGAAGCGCCCACCUACGCAAGCAUGUCUGGGGAGUAG